AUCUUGGGCUUCACUUUCACCCCAAUCAAUUUAGUCUGACAUUCUAAAACUUGUUGUUUUCAUUUAUUCUUGUGUGUUCUCUCAAUGGCAAGAAGUGCAAAUUGUCAAAGCUGACAGCAUACUAGUCGGCUAUGGGUGGAUACGUUCGGGGUAAAUUAGUGUGCCCAUAGCAGCUGAGCAACUGCCAGUGAGGCAAACAGUGCCACCACUACGAUAAAUUGUUCACCACAUCCUGUUUGCAUAUAGUUUUGGAGGCUCACUUAAAAAGUGAUGAUGUAAAAGUAACCCAUCAUAUCUGGAGGCUGCCAGUCUUAAUCUCUCCUCUCCGCUUGCAGAAAAAGAGAACUGACACGCAUGUUGGUCUUCAGUCAUGCUUAUUCAGAGGAAUACUACCAUGAUCUCUUAUUUGAAACAUCUAACGGAGUGUGUAAGAGGGGUGUGCAGAAGGAUCGUACUCCGCUCAAUGAAGAUGCGCCUCCUCCUCUCCUUCCUCUGUGUUUUAUCGCUGUGUCUUUUCAAUGGAUGGCCGAGGGGAUUCCGGGCACCGAAAGCCAUAACUCCAACCACCUUCCAUGACCGGAGAAACAUCACCAUCCUGCUGUGGUACUGGCCCUUCAGAAGGCCAUUCAGCCUGAGGGGUGACGUGUGCUGGGACCUCUACGGCAUCUUUGGCUGUAGACUGGUGGACCAGCGCUCCUUCUUCCCCUCAGCCGAUGUGGUUGUGUUCCACACCAAAGAGCUGGUAAUGGGACACCAGAAGCUGCCCCUUAACCUCACACGGCCACAGGGCCAGAGGUGGGCCUGGAUGUCCCUGGAAGCCCCUGUCCACAACGGAAACUUGUGCCGGUAUGACAACGUCUUUAACAUGACCAUCACCUACAGGAGAGACGCUGAUGUCACAAUACCCUAUGGCGAGCUGCUGCCGAAGGACGCGGGAGGACAUCUGGUUGAAGAAGUCCCUCUGAAUAAGAGCUUCCUGGUCUGUUGGGUGGUCAGCAACUAUAAGAGCCAUCACAGGAGAAGCAAAGUGUACAAAGAGCUCAAGGCCACAGUUCCCGUAAAGGUUUACGGCCGCUGGGCAAAGAGACCCCUCCCCUCUAACGCCCUCUUACCUGCAAUAUCUCGCUGCUACUUUUAUUUGGCGAUGGAAAACUCUGUCGCCAAAGAUUAUGUCACAGAGAAGCUGUGGAGGAACGGGCUCCAAGGCGGGGCUGUGCCUGUCGUCCUGGGACCGCCAGUAGACAGCUACAAAGCUGUGGCUCCACCUAAUUCUUUCAUCCAUGUUGAUGACUUUGCAUCAGUAAAAGACUUGGGGAAGUAUCUACAAGGGCUUGCAGAGGACAAGAAGCGCUACAAUGAAUUUUUUACCUGGAAACAACACUGGAAAGUGAAGCUUUACACAGACUGGAGGGAGAGACUGUGCAAGAUCUGCUCACAGGACAACAGUUUACCUCAGCAGAAGGUUUACUCCAACCUAGAGGCCUGGGUCAAUGCUAAUAACAAUCAAGCGUGCACAAAUGUGACGACCUCCUAGACCAAAAAGCGUCCUUGAGAAUUAGAAAACCUCAAAAGACACUGGAAACACGUAAUGUAUGCACACAUGCUUUAUCCAUUCAUCAAAGAGCAUUGAUUAAAAAAAUCGCACCAUAGUAGGGCCUACUGAUAUACCCAGAACUAUUUAACAAGCCACAGACCUCGCUAAGAAAAGUUUGGGAAGUUAAAGUACUGUUUUCCCAGACUUCCUUUCAAUUCAACCCAACAGAGCAGACACUUUAUGGUCAUCGAUAUGAACAGACCCAUACUGCUCCAGGAAGGCACCAUGUUACAGGAUAUGAUCAAAAACGUUUCUUUUUGAUGUUUGUCAUUUCACAUUUACACUGUAAUAAAUUAUUUGACAAUGUCCCA